AUGGGCGUGCAUGACCUCGCGCAUUUUGGGUCACUGCAAGCACCAAAACCGACAGCAGUCCCAGGGAUGAGAUAUCAGCCUCAGCUGGCGUCCACGGGAAGUCCUAUGCAGCGUCGUUCGAAGCCCCACACGAAAAUCCUGGGAGACAUUGUCCACGAAGAGGGUGACUCUAUGCAGGCGAGCCAAGCCAACUCCACGAAUCCCCCCCUGCCCAAUGCUGGAACUGUACGGAAGAGGCCUGCCCCUACUGCUCGAAAGGACGAAUGGCAAGACAGCAGUGAUGAUGGAGAAGGCGAGCAAGCGACUGUCCCGAACUACCAAACCAGCAAACCCUUCCAGUCAAGAUUGAUCGACAGCCUUCCAAAUAAAGGGAGUUUCGUGAAUAAAAAAUUCCGAUUCCACAAGAUCUCCAAGCCCAUGGGAGCAGAGCGUAAGGGGCUGUCCCAGUCAAAAGCGGCAGCCGACUUUCGCAACCGCAGAGAAGUGGAAGAAGCUUACAGAAAGAAAGUUUGCGCACUGAUCGACGAUGAUAUCCUGGAGCGAGUGGACGCGGAAGGAGGCAUUACCCCGGCAGGAAGAUUGUUCAAGGCUAUCUACCGGAUGAUGGAGCGGCAAGGUGAUGGCAAGCUCCAAGCGGUGGCGACGCAGGCUAGUCACGAUGAAAUCAUGAGGCUGAGAGCUGAGAAUCGGCUGAUGAGAGAGAGGAUGGAUGAAGCAGCUCGAGCCUUGCGUUCUGUGUGA